UACAACCCCCGGGAGGGAGUGCGCCUGCGCGUUGCCAACCCAAUGCCGUUACGCCACGGUCGAUUUGCCAACAUGGCGGCAGUGUGGUGAAGGGAAGCGGCAGAAGGGAUGGUGGUGGAGAGCGUGGAUUGCGGCCUGUGAGAGCAGAGAGAAGGACGGAGUUUGAGUAGGCAAAAGCGAGCCGGCGAAGAAGAAGAAGAAGAAGCGGCGGCGCCUGAGCCCAAGGCUCGGGGAGCCGGAGCCAUGGAGAGGCCGAGAGUGGAGCAGCUGCUGGAGUUCAGAAGGUUACCUACAGAUGGUUUUAUCCUGGCCCUGCUCGUGCUGUACACUCCCUUCGGCAUCUGUUUAAUGCUUCUCAGGAUAUUUAUUGGGCUUCAUGUGUUUUUAGUCAGCAGCGCUCUCCCAGAUGGUCUUUUGCGAAGGGUGAUUGUACGGGCAAUGUGUGCAAUUCUGGGUAUGUUUGUCUCUCAACGCAACUCCAGGCAUCGAGAUAAAAAUGUCAAAACCUACAUCUCUAACCACAUCACCCAGUUUGACCACAACAUAUUGAAUUUCAUCACACCCUGUCACACGCCCUUGCUAGAGGGACAUUCUGGCUUUGUGAGCUGGGCCCGUGGGUACCUGGAGCUGGGAUGGAUGGACAAUCGGACACGUUUGGCUGAGGCACUCAGGCACUAUGGCUCUCUGGAGGGGGCACGUGGUUUGCUACUGUUUCCAGAGGAUGAAACUACCAAUGGAAAUGUUGGGCUUCUGAAAUUCAGCUCUUGGCCUUUUACUAUAGAUAACAUUGUUCAGCCGCUGGUAUUAACUGUAAGGAGACCCUUCGUAUCUGUGAAUGUCGUCGAGUCCUCUUGGGUUAUCGAGCUGCUGUGGAUGUUUUUUAUUCCCUUCACCGUUUACCAAGUAAGGUGGCUGCCCAGCUUGUCUCAGAUGGAUGAAGAAUCAGAGGAAGAAUUUGCAGUCAGAGUCCAGGAGCAUUUAGCUACAGAACUCGGUGUUGUAUCGACUCAGCAUACCAAGUCUGAUAAAGUGGAAUAUCUCAAAAGAAUGAAGCACAUGGCACCACAAGCGACCAGCACAGCCAACAGCCAGCCUUCUGGAAGUCGAGCUCGGACCUUCCUCCCAGGUCUCAGCAUUAACAGUUUGUCUGCAGAGGAUGUCCGGAUCACUGGAAUGGCAAAGCAAGUCAAAGAGGUGCUGCCUCACAUCCCACUCAAUGUCAUUAAGAUGGACCUAGUAAGUACAAAGUGUGUUGACACGACUAUCACAAACCUGCUGGAGGGGAGAGUACAAUUCACCCCAGAAGAAGUGUCAGUCAGUCCCUCCAGCGCAUCUUUGUCAAGUAAGCCUCACCUGGCACCCAGCAAAUUGGUCACCUCUCUGAAGAAGGCACCAAAGGGUGCACCUACUGCCAAGCCUGUUUCCAAAGCAAGGUUUGAGAAAUCACCAGUUGACAGACACCUGUCCCUACAAGAAAGGAAAGAAGCCCUAUAUGCCUACGCAAGGAGACGGUACAUAGAGAAGCAUGGAUUACAGCCACAGACUGAAGAGAGCAGUGCCGGACAGCCUUGAGUUCAGCUGCAGGACCCAACACUCAAGACUUCACCUGACAUUUCUGUUUGUGGCUCGGUGUAAAUGGCACCUGAACAAUUUUUUUUUUCUUUAGUCUUUUUUGGGGGGUUUUUUGUUUGAAAAAUUUUCUCCAAUAAUACGGUUCUGAUUUUUAAGAUGUUUUACGGGCAAACUUUACAAAUAAAAUAACCGAGGGCUAGGGAGGGAGGGUAGAGUGUGCAGAGUGGUCUGCAUGGCAAUCAUGCAUGUUCAUUUAUUGGAUAUUUCUAAUAUUCUGCAAAGAGAUUGUGUCCUUUUUUUGGAGUCUUUAUAAAGAUCUUACAAGUGAUUUCUCUCCUCCCUCCACUAUUGUGUUCAAUGAAAGUUUUUUGUUUUGCAUACUUCCUGGUUUUUUUGCUAUCAUACAAGAUAUAAAACAGAAAGGGCCAGAGGAAAGGCAGCCAAGUGUGUUUACUAGAAGCUCAAAUGUGGCCACAAGCCAAUUCAAGAGCCUGCACAUUCUCAGUAAUCUUGCUCUGCUUGCAGCUGCUCUUUCAGUCACAUUGGCCUGGUGUCUUUGUUCUCUAACCACGCUGCUGUCUCCCCACUGAGGGAUGCAUCGUAAACUAGUAUGCCAAGGUCUAUUGACCUUGCUUUCCACUUCACUUCCUCAGUGAGUACAAUUUGGGGCCUAGGCAGAUGAAGGCAUGUCCUUCAAUGGUGGAGCAGUCAAAAUUGGGGAUGCUCAAGAGACCAGAAUUGGAGGAGCGCAGAUAGCUCAGAGGAUUAUAGGGCUGGAGGAGAUUACAGGGUUAAGGCCAUGGAGGGAUUUGAAAACAAGGGUGAGAAUUUUAAAAUUGAAGUUUUUAACCACAUGGGAGGUGAUUGGUGAAUGGGACUUACCGAGAGUUUGGGCAGGCACGGCAUUGUUUUGGGUGAUAUCAGGUUUAUGGAAGAAGUAACCUGCAACUGGUUUACAUACUUCGACUGUGCCUGGCAAGCAAUAUUAAGUGCCAGUGAUUCAGUCAGUCACGCUCCUUGGACCCAGAAUGAUCUUAAGGUCAAGACCCACAUCAGGAUCUGAGUACCUAUGAAGUGCUCUAUUGAGAUGUUAAAUUAAGGCCUUGUGAUUUUUAAAAUUUAUUCAUGGGAUGUGGGUGUCACUGGCCAUGCCAGCAUUUAUUGCCCACUCUUAAUUGCCCUUGAGAAGAUAGUGGGGUGAGCUGCCUUCUUGAACCACUUGUCGAUAUGGUGUAGGUGCGCACACACACUGCUGUUUGGGAGAGCGUCCAGGAUUUAGGCUCAAUGACGAUGAAAGAAUGAUAAAUUUUCAAGUCAAAAUGGUGAGUGACUUAGUGGUGGUGGUUCUCCUAUGAAUCAUCUGUUGGUAUUCCUCUAGCUGGAGAAGUUGCGGGUUUUGGAGAUGCUUUAGAAAAGGACUGUAAAAAUCUUGUUGCAUCUCUUGAUAUUUCCUUAGCAUUGUACCCUCACUUCCUUUAAUUAAAAGCUGGUGUAUAGCCCAUGCCAUCAAUCAGGAGGUAUCUGAUACUGCCACACAUCUCUGAAAAAUAGUCAAUAUACAUUCAUGCCAGACCAAGAUGGACCCUGAAUUUAUUUCAGUCAAGCAGUUGAAUGGUAAAAGAUACAAGACGCUGAUUUAUACACUCCAAUAGCGUUCACUCACAGCAGACCUAAGCAUAACAUUGAAAUACAAAAGCAAAGUGGCUGCAAGAAAUCUGUAAUAAAAGUGGUAAAAUGCCAAAAA